GAUAGGGUUUUAAUAAACUCUCGACAGAGCAUUACAGAUAGAAAGGGAGACCAUUGAAAUGGAGUUCCAGAAGAGAAAAGCAGCGACUUUAUCCUCACUGCGAUCAUCGGAAACAGACAAAUCACCGAAAGGCACUUUAGACACUCCUAUAAUUCCACUCCUUAACUCUCUCAACUCUCACCCUUCUUAUUACACCACCAGCUCUUGCUCUGGCCGUAUCUCUAUUCUUUCCCAACCUAAAUCCACCCAAAUUGCAUCCAAUAAGAAAAAGGCACGUGGCGGGUCCUGGCUAUUCAUUAGCCACGACCCAGCAAAUCCCGAUUCUGUCAUCUCCCUACUUUUCUCUUCUGAACCGCCAACUCAGUCAUCCGAGUUGGUAUUCCGGUUCGAACCGUUGAUUGUUGCUGUUGAGUGUAGAGAUAUUGAAGCUGCCCAGUUUUUGGUUUCCUUGGCAAUAUCUUGUGGAUUUAGGGAAUCUGGAAUUACUAGUGCUAAUAGUAAGAGAGUGAUUGUGGGUAUUCGGUGUUCCAUAAGAAUGGAGGUGCCGCUGGGUGACACUGACAAUCUCCUUGUAUCGCCUGAGUACGUGAGGUUUCUCGUGGAGGUGGCUAAUGAGAAAAUGGAAGCUAAUAGAAAGAGAACCCAAGGUUUCUUUAUGGCCUUAACGGGAAAUGGGUUUGUUGACUCUGCGGUUUUAGAGAAUGUUGAUCAUAAUUCUUCUGAUGAUGCUCAAGACGGGGAUGCUGAUAACUUGGAAAGAGCAGAUGGGGAUGCCAAUAUUGUAUUUGAAUCAUUGGCAGGACGAGUAGGAGUUUCUGGUUGCAGUUUAUCUAUUGUUAAAAUGGUAAUUGUUGGCGAACCUCUGGAGAAACUUUUCCUUUGGGGGCACUCUACUUGUACUUUGGAUCAUAAAAAAAGCAAGGACAUUCUUGUUUUCGGUGGUUUUGGAGGUAUUGGAAGACAUGCGCGAAGAAAUGAUAGUUUGCUGCUUGAUCCAUUAAAUGGAACAUUGAAGGCAAUUAAUGCUGUGGGAGGACCAUCUCCACGAUUGGGUCAUACAGCUUCUUUGGUUGGUGAGUUUUUAUUUGUCAUAGGAGGCAGAUCUGAUCCCUUGAACAUUCUGAAUGAUGUAUGGGUUCUUAAUACUGUUAGUAAUGAAUGGAGGCUAUCAGAAUGUUCUGGCAUUAUUUUCCCUCCCAGGCAUCGGCAUGCAGCAGCAGUUAUCGGCUCAAACAUAUAUGUAUUUGGUGGACUUAACAAUGAUUCAAUUUCUUCAUCCUUGUAUGUCCUGAACGCUGGAAAUCUGCAGUGGAAAGAGGCAUUGGUUGGUGGGCAACAACCAUGUGCUCGGCAUUCUCACUCAAUGGUGGCGUAUGGGUCUAAGUUAUUCAUGUUUGGAGGAUACAGUGGAGAGAAACCUCUGGGAGAUUUAUACAGUUUUAAUGUUCAAACACAUAUUUGGAUAAAAGAAAAGACAUCUGGAGAAAGUCCACAUGCAAGAUUUUCCCAUUCAAUGUUUAUCUACAAUAACUUUCUUGGAGUCAUUGGAGGUUGCCCUGUCAGUCAACACUCCCAAGAGUUGGCAUUGCUUGAUCUGCGAAUCCACAAGUGGAAGCAUGUAACACUUGAUUACAUUGGCAAAGAAUUGCUUGUGCGUAGUACAGCCAAUAUUGUGGGUGAUGAUCUUGUUAUGAUUGGUGGUGGGGCAGCUUGCUAUGCAUUUGGAACAAAGUUCAGUGAGCCAUUAAAAAUCAGUUUGCUUCCGUUGAUGUCUUUAGAUGACAAAAUUUUGUCUGUAGAAACUGAAAAAAAGCAUGUUACUGUCCAUCACGAUGGCCUAAAAGGAGAAAAGAAUGUCGAUGUCCAAGACCCUAAUCUUAGUGGUGCCUAUAAUUUUGAGGCUAAGCAACGUCAGUCGGUUGCAUCAUGUUGGGUACUACAACUUGAAAAGAAAUAUGCAAAAUUGGGGAAGGACAUAUUGAAGAAAUUUGGAUGGUUAGAUCUAGCAAGGAAAGUUCAUUUGCAGAGCAAUGAGUUGCAUAUUUGUUUCCCUAUCACUAAACAAUUCUUUGACGUAUUCUCCAAAAUGGUGCAUCAGCAUGGAGAUGCAGUUGCUGGGCAGAAUUUUAUUCCCAGAGAAGGGGUUUUAUUAGAUGAGUUCUCAUGCUCGACAGCCUUGAAUCUUCUAAAGGAAUUUGAUGCUGUUAUUCUGGUAGAUGAGGCUGCAGAAGUCAGGAAAACUGCCAAGUCUCCCUUGCAGAUGAUGAAAGAAGUUGUAGCUUCUUUAAUCAAAUGCAAGGGACUAUCAGAAGAACUGUUGGAUCAGCUUCCCACUAGGUGGGAGCGACUGGGUGAUGUUGUUGUGCUUCCUGCAACAUCUUUCAAGGACCCAUCAUGGGACUUAAUUGGGGAUGAGCUCUGGCCAACCAUUGCCAAAUUACUUAGUUCCAAUCGUCUGGCUCGCAAAGGCAGAGUUGCACCGACUGGAACCAGGGACAGUACUUUGGAGAUAUUGGUGGGAGAUAAUGGCUGGGUUGAUCACCGAGAAAAUGGAAUUAUUUAUUCUUUUGAUGCUGCCAAGUGCAUGUUUUCCUGGGGUAAUCUUUCUGAGAAGCUUCGUAUGGCACAUUUGGACUGUGAGGAUGAGGUUGUAGUGGAUUUAUUUGCUGGAAUUGGAUAUUUUGUGUUGCCAUUCCUCGUUAGGGCCAGAGCAAAGUUGGUUUAUGCUUGUGAAUGGAAUCCCCAUGCUGUUGAGGCACUCAAACGUAAUCUCGAAGCAAAUUCUGUCUCUGAUCGGUGUGUUGUUCUUGAAGGAGAUAAUCGAAUAGUAGCUCCUAGAGGGGUUGCCAAUCGAGUUUGUCUUGGUCUUCUUCCAUCAAGUGAGGACAGUUGGGUAACUGCUGUUAGAGCUUUAAGGAGCAACGGUGGAAUGCUGCACGUGCAUGGGAAUGUGAAGGACUCAGAGGAAGGCUCAUGGACCGAACAUGUUUUGAAAUCAAUCAAUGAAAUUUCUACAUCAGAAGGUCAUAAUUGGGAGGUCACAAUAGAGCAUUUGGAGAGGGUAAAAUGGUACGCUCCACACAUACGCCACCUCGUUGCAGAUGUGAGGUGCAGAGAGAUCCUAAAGUAGAGCCUUAGACAUCCUCUUCCUCCAACGUAACAAACUAUGUUCCUAUUAUGCCAGGGAUUGAGUACGUCACUCUAUAUGUUAAGCCAGUGAUAAUGUCCCGACGAAAUGCUACAUUUGAAGCCCACAAUUUUGAUGGUUGAGAUGUGUCAAGUGAAUUGAUUUGAUGGACAAAGAUGCUAAAGAGAGAAUUUGUUUCAAACUGUUUGUUGUACGUUCUGUGAUUUGGGAGUAAAGGUAUCAGUGUUAGAACACUGAGGGGACACAACACGAAUAUGUUGCUUCAGUAAACUUAUUGUCUGUGUUAUGUCUAUUGCACUUUCUUUCUAGAAGAGUUUGGCUUGCGCUUUGGACACAUCUAAUUUUUUUUUUUUAGAUAUAUUUUUGUCUUCUACGUGGAAA